UUUUGGAAAACUCGUCACAAACUGUCAACAUGGCCAUGUGGAGUAGAUGUGUUUGUUUGAAAAACUGUUCUACGUUUGUGUAUUUACUGUAAACCAUAAUAUUGAUAAAAAGAACAGUCAUGAAGAUCAAAGUACUUAGUAGAAAUCCAGAUGAUUAUCUGCGUGAAACUAAAAGAGACAUCCAUAAAGUUCAAAGAAAUUACGAUCCCAAGUUGCACCCUUUUGAGGCACCUAGAGAAUAUGUGAGGGCUUUAAAUGCCACAAAAUUGGAAAGAGUUUUUGCCAAGCCAUUCAUAGGGGCUUUAGAUGGACAUAGAGAUGGUGUUAACUGUUUAUGUAAACACCCGACAUCACUGAGCUCUUUACUUUCUGGAGCUUGUGAUGGAGAAGUUAGAGUGUGGAACUUGGCAAAGAGAAAUUGUGUCACGACACUUCAAGCACAUGAAGGCAUUGUUCAAGGAAUGUGCUUUCAUCCAAAUGGGAGAAGCUUUUUCACAGUAAAAUUUUAA